AAAUUACACAAGGGACCCCAUUCUUGCCCAAGCAUGAAAAUGUAUGGCGGUGCUAUUUGAGAAUUAAAUCUACCACGAUAAGUUUGAUUUUAGCGUAGGUCUGGUUUAUGGCGGUUUAUCGUCCCACAAUGGUUUUUACACAUUUGCAGUCGAAGGAACAAAAUAAACCAACUUUACAAACAAUAGAACAGACGAACACUGACACAAAGUCAGUGUCUCGAAAUGAUAGACAUAUUUUGGUGUCCGCAGUUGGUGAAGUUUGUUUACAAGCCAAUAACUGCAGAAUAACUAUUUCUGUGACAGCUAAAAAAGACGAUGCGAAGGAUGCCAGAAGUAGUGUUUCAAGAAGAAUUGAGUACAUUCAACAAUGUCUGAAUAAUUAUGGAAUAAAACAAAAUGACAGAGAUAUUUAUGAAAGACUAACAAGAGAUGGCAGAUUUUAUGUAAUGAGAACUGAAAUAACUGCAAAGUUUUCUGAUGUAAUUAAAUGUCAAUCAUUAUCAAAUUUAUUGGUGGAGAAAUUGGAUCAAAAUGUUGACAUAUCUCUACCAGAAUUUUUUCAUGAUGAUAAAGAUAUAGAAUCCCUAAGGAAACAAGCCAGUCUGUUAGCAAUUCAUAAUGCUAAACUUAAAGCACAGGAAAUGGCAAAACUUGUGCAUAUGGAAGUUGGUCGUACGAUCAGUAUACAAGAAGAAGAAACAAAUGAAAACUAUCCAUCCUCAUCAGAUAUAUCUCCAUCCGUUCAUCAGAGAAAACUAGAUGCAGUGUUAACAGUUAGCAGUAAAGUUUCAGUUCAGUUUGAAUUGAAAAAGAAAAAUAAGCAAAGAUCAUAAUUUCAUUGCUUGUUAUAUCAAUAUUAAUCAUUAUCAAUUUCAAGUGUUUUGUUUCUCUCUAAUGUAACUCCACAUUGACUGUGAUAUAUUAAUUAUAACAUAUGUUUUCUAUGUGU